UUAAGGUUGCUGACAAGCACGGACAUAAGGCCUUGGCGACGACCACAUGUGGAGCUGAAAGAACUUGCCUUCUUUUUUUUUUUCGCCAGCAAUGGUACGCCAUACUCCUUCCUCUUCCCAUUCCAACAUCCUCGAAUUUGCUCCUCCUAGGUCAUUGCCGUCAACGUUCGCCGCAGCAUGUCCAACCCUCUACCACAAGAAAUCGUUGAUCAGAUAACAGACGAGCUGGAAGAAGAUUUUACGACCCUAAAGUCCUGUGCGCUCGUCUCCCGCUCAUGGAAAGAAUCCAGCCAGCGACACAUCUUCUCUGACAUCUUCUUCGAGACGCCUCCAGAACCAUUGCCAUUGGAAAUGAGCUCAUGUCACACCUUUCAUCGCCUUUUGACCACCUCUCCUCACCUCGGACGUCAUGUACGGCAUCUCGAAAUAUGCGACGAAGGGCGGACCUCCGACUCGACGCGUAGAUGGCUUCUCGCCUCCAUCGGAACGCUCAUGUCCGUCAUUUCCCUGCUGAAAUGCCUCAACAGCGUCGAUAUCUCCUUCAGCGGUCUAUGGUGGGAGGACGUUCUUUCACUCAAAAGCGUCCUCGUCGCCGUAUUCCAGCUCGAGUCGCUCAGGAGCGUCGCGUUGGAAGACUUUCAGGUUCGGCUGAACGAGUUGUUCAGUCUGCUGGGCCGGUCCCGUUCAAUCUGCGAUUUAUCGAUUUCCGCCAUUGAGGUCCUGCCGGAUUUGUCCCCUCCAUCGCCUAGGUUCUCCAUGCCGCUCCACGAGCUGUCACUGUCACUCCAGCACAUACAGCACGCUCAGGACUUUAUGGAAUGGCUCAUAUCCCCCACGUCUGUCGUCGAUCUCAGCGUAUCCAAAAAACUGAGCCUUUUCGUGGCAAACUCCGACGAAGCGAACGCCGCGCAGGUCCUACUGGAGAGUCCCAUACUCCAGAAUCCGGACAUACUCGAGAUCCAAACUCUAAACUGCGUUCACAUGCACAGACGGGAAGAAUGUCUUCCUACUCGCUUCAGCCGGUUCCGACACGUACAACUCAGGCUUGUAGAAGCAUUAGCUUGUGAACACUGCGGCAACUCCCUUCUAGAUAUCGUACUUUGGUGGACGCGAUCUUUCGAAGCUAUCGAAGACAGUACUAUCGAGGAAAUAUCGCUUACGCUUACAAAGAGGUCCGCCUCGCGCUUUCAUCACGUUCCCAAUUAUAUGUGGCAUGCCCUGGAUGCAGCCUUGUGCAAACCAAAAAUGUCCUCCUUGAGAAACGUACAUCUGGAAGUGGAAGAUCUUGAGAUUGACAAAGCCCUGCUUUUGAGGUUGCUACAGGCAUUUCCUGUUCUUUAUCACCGGGGAUUAUUGCGAGUCUGAGGCAAACCCGUAUACCCGUAUUUUCUGAAGUUAUUCGUUAUGCUUUCCGUCCUUGCUUUUAGUUUCGCACAUUUAUAUAUUUAUAUACCAUGCCAACUUGGUCUCUCGUGUUAUACACGCUCAAGUAGUUGCAGACAUAAUCCUACCUAAUGACAUCAAAUUUCCGGUACGGUCCGAUAUGUAUUACACAUGGCAAGCAACCCUGAAUACUAUUUCUCUCAUUUUAGUCA